UUUCAGAUUCCACAACAAAGCACUUGUGGAGAUCUUCUGGGGACUUGGAGCUCUUUGGGAGCUACACAUUACACAAUGAAAAGCUUUCUCGCCUUCCUUCUUGCAAUGGGCAUCAUUGUGACACUGGGUGAUGCAUACUGCUUUACACAAAUAAACAAGCCAGGGGAGUCUGACAAAGGCUGUGUCCUGGGUGGAAAAGUGUACCCCUUUGGACAUAUCUCAAGGACAGAUGAUUGCUUCCGAUGCAGCUGCACCCAAAACCAAAUAUCUUGCUGCUCCCUCUUUCAUACUCCUGUUGGUUAUGACAAAGAAAAAUGUAAAAUCGUUUUCAACAUGAAAAGCUGCAACUAUGAUGUUGUGGAGAAGAAUGACCCCACCAAGAAGUGCGUUGUCCACAGUCGUGUGGGUUAACAAUGCACCUGCUCCAAGCCUACAGACGCUUUGCCAUC